UAUUUAUAUAUAUUUUUAGAUUCUUGGCAAACUGAUUAAUAAUGUUAAUCAACGUUUGACAAUCAAAAAUUGUAGCGGCAGCCGAAAAAUGAAAAUCGCCGUCUUCCUCUAUAAUUAAGCUAAAGUAUAUCACUCAGCUCUAGUCUCAUUGACAUACAGACUAAGCCCGGUUAACAACAGCGGUAAUGCCCCGGCAAACGCUCAAGUACUACAUCAUUAAAACGUCCAUUAACAGUUUACUAAGCGUGUUUGUUUUGCCCAGAUUUCUGCUCACAUUGUUUAUGCAGGGCAUUCUUCGGCAAAGGAAAACACUGAUUGAACCGAGGUAUUCUUCCAUGUGCCUUUAGAAGCGGGUUUGAUGACUAAUUUUAGUGUAUUUAUUUGAAGGGUCUUGAAUAUGUUGGGAACUUUUGUGUUAUAUCAUAGCCCUUUUAUGAUUGGCUGAGUGCGCUGGAGCACACUAUGUACAUGUGAGUGUGUAAUGUGAUGGUUUCUUGGAGCCGCUGGGAGAAUUGCUUUGCCUUUUCCAAUGUCUGUGUGGUUAUUAGAAGGUAAUGGGGCGCUAAUUUUAUAGUUAUAGUUUGAUUGCAGAUAGCACAGAGUUGCAUUAGGACUGUAACACCUUUUUAUAUUUUCGUUAAAUGUUUUAAUUCGUGCCUAUCCGAUGUAGUUACACUUUUCUUAAAUGUGGCAAAGUCACAGUCCCAUUUGUUCCCAAUUUUCGCUACGCUUCGGUCUGUGGUUCAACUGUAUCACAUUAUGUAUCUUGUACACCAUUGUACAUUCCACUACACUAAUUCUUAGUACAUUAUUAAACAUAGCUGUCCUGUCUCUCUUCCCUCCUUUCCUCCACACCCCUCCUUCCCAACUCGGAUUGAACUGUCGCUUUCCAUUGCUUCCCCCCCUCGUGCAUCCUGUCCCCAGGCGCUGGAGUAUAGCUUUUAAUAUCUCCACCGCGUGUCUUAAUUGAAGUACAUAAUUUCCUGUUCAAUUUCAAACCCCCUUUUCCUCCACCCCUCCUCUGACAUCUCUGUCACCACUGUCUUAUCUCUACCGUCACACAUCAGUGAGGUGAUGAAAUGAAAAAUGUGCCCAAGCUGUAGUGGCACACCGUACAUUUGCAGUCAGAUGGGGAUGGUUUAUUUUUGUGUAUGAUGGAUAUAUGCACUGUCUGUGAAUGUAAAUAUUUUUGUGGCAUAUUCAGCCAGUGUCUGCACAUGUGCAAUGCCUUUCAUUUUUUUGGCCAUGGGACUGUGUGACUAUUUAUGUCUAGCUCAAUACCUUUGCCAUUAAGUAAUGCCCUCCAGUUGUUAAUCAGGACUUGAGUGCACCCUAGACGGCCAGCUGACAGACAGGCACAAACACACAGCCCUUUUUUGCCCAGAGCUAAGGGUCCUUCAAGGCUGAUGAGCAUGCAGUAAGGGGAUAGCUCUGAAAAGAUGUUUUGGGGGGUGUCCAAAAUGAGUGGAGAGAAUAGGAUGCUCUUCACUGUGGAACAAAAAGGAGGAGGGAGUUUAGUUUUUCUUAAAUACCAUGCAAUUACCUUUACCAUUACCAGACACAACUGUAACUAGCACUUAAACCACAGCAAGUGGUUUAAGGCACUAGGGUAAAUUUUGGGAUUGCACAUGGACCUUAGAUCACCAUUGAGGGGGUCACUCCUUAGGCAGUGCAUGUUAUGCUGCAAUGAAGGUGCAGGUUUUCUGCCAGAAGCAGUCAGGAGCACUGUGGAGUAUCUGGGGGUGUAGCACUGAUUUUUGCAUGCCACUGUCCACCUGCCCUACUGUGAUACUGAGGGAGCAGUGCAGUAGUCUCUGUGUACAUGCAACUCUAGCAACUGUUGCUAAUGAAAGCAGACAGAGAGAGACACUCUGGGGAGUUUUACUUCCAGCACGAAGAGAAAGUACUAUACCAACAGUAUCGAAACAUGUAUCGAAAUACGCUUAAUGUCAUUCACCUGCAGCAGUAAAUUAGGUAGUCUGCCCUGCUGGAAUUAGUCAACAUAAGCAAAACAUUAUAAGUUGAACUGCCGAUGGGAAAACAGUGUUAAAGAUUUGCUUGGUUCCUUUUUAUUUUUAACUUUUUAAAAAAAAAAAGCUUCAAUUCAUUUGAACUGUAUUUAUGUGUGGAAAGUGGUUAGCCCACUGUCACUGUUAAUGUAACAGUUGUAGUAUAAAAAUAACCUAAAUGUAUUAAAUGUGCAGAAAGUCUGGCAUACAUAUUGGUAUAUGUCCUAUUGUCAUUAAAACAUUUCUGAAUUAAAUUAGCUCAGUCUUGUGACGUUUACCUUAGUCCCAAAAUGCAAAAGGAUUCAAAAUGAGAAAUUUCGGCUCACAGAGGCUCAGACUCAAUGAAUUGUAUUACUUCUUUUGCCUUUUUGGCAGCAUUGUAGGCAGGAAACACAUUACCCAUGUUGGCUCUGGAUCUAACCAGGCUUUAGGCUGUUGGCAUCUAGACACUGUUUUGAUUAGAGUGUAUUGUAACAAUGCCGGGAGGACAAAUCUUGGCAGCAACUCCAUCUGCAGCCCCUUAUCACUAAAGGGGCAGGAUCAUUUAUUUGAAAGGAAACCCAAGGCUUGCUUAUCCUUAGUUGACCCUUUGCAGACAAAACAUGAACACCAGUGUAAGUUACUAUCAUUAGCCUUGUUUCCACUGCAGGGCCAAGUGUAAAUAUACUGUAUCCACCAUGCAUUUUUCUGUACAGUGGUAAAAUAGUUUAUUUUCCUUGUCAGAUAUUUUGUUGUGGCCCUGGUGAAGCCCCCUGUAGUUGGACUUGUGUGUGGCUUCUGUUGUCAGUCCUCUCCCCCUGUCAUUGACCCUAUCCCAGGCUUUAGUGAGGUAGUUACUGAGCCUGUGAUUAUGAGGCUUUUCAAACAACUGGCACAGUCGCGAUAGAUAACGCGCUUAACACCGCCGCAGGGUGCUCCUCAAGUAAGGGUACAUUGACAGUAGAAUCAGCUGGAUUGAAUAGGGGGCUGCCAAAAGCCAUUAACCUCUUCCUCUGCUCACUGUAUUGCUAUUUUAAUGUCAAGGGGGGCAGGAUCUAGAUUUACCAAGCAAUGGUGUUUGGUUUGGCCAUUGUACCAAAUGAGUAGUGUUUAUGUGGGCACACCCCUAAAGGGGGAGUGUGUCUGUACUUUGUGUUUGCAGUUGUAAUAACAGAGCACCAGAAAGUUAUAAAUGGUUACAGUGUCCUUCGAUGGAUGUAAACUAGAAAACAAAGCUUUUUAGGUUACAUCCAUCCAUCGUGUAGACCAGGCUUUACUGUUGUUUUGGUAUAAGAUGGUGAUCUCAUGUUAUGAUAGAUGUGAUCUCCACGUCUUACACUCUCAUACCCAUAUCUGGCAUUUCUUGAUUGUGAAUUUGCAAAAAUUGAAGAUGCACUCUAAAUAGGCAAGGAUGAAAUUAGUUUAAGUUGUGAGUAAAAGGUGGCAGUUUAAGGAAUCUUCUUGUGAUUAGUAGCCACACAUACAAACUAAAGGGAGGUGGAUGUGUAAUUGUCCUCCUUAUCUAACUUCUGUGCCAAUUGAGGGGGCAGGGGCUUUAGGGGCCCACCAAGGGUAAGCUAGGACUGGGUGGAAGCAGGGGGAUGGGGGAAGCGAAGCUGAAACCCAUCGAGCUGCUGCCUGAGAGUCUUGGCAGGGGUCCAGGGGAAUGUUCAAUGUGCCGAGGUUUGGUUGAGGCCCCGGUCCCUCCCUCUACUUCAUGUUAGCUAAUUGGAGAGACGUGGACAGAAGGAGAUUGGCAUCAGAUAGAAACUGACAGAGAAUAUGCAGGACAAGCAACCAUAUAAUAUUCCCAUUUCCUGCUCAAAAUCAACAGACAUCCGUACUCAUUAUAUAACAGGACUUGGUCCCUACAGCACUAACAAAGCUUGCAGUUAUGGCAGUGUAAAUCGCACUAGGAUGCACUAGCUCUCCCUUCACUGGGGUCAUGGCUUUGGUUGAUAAUCCACAUCAAUUCUUACGCCUGAACACAAACUUGAAUACAAUCAAUGAACUUUAUCCGUCUGCUUUUACUUUUAUUGAUGUAUGGAUGUAAAGUGGUUUUCACAGCUCAAUUUGCACUUCAAUAUAUGACAAAUUAUAACAAUAGGAAAUAAAAAAUAAAUCAUGUUUGUUGGUGGCAAAUCAGGUCCCCUUACAACACAAAAACAACAAGAACGGUAUUAAAAGGUAGGAAGAAUAAAAAUAAACAUAUAAAACAAGAUAAUAGCUGAUAUGCAAAUUAGCAUAGUACAGUAGGCACAAACCAUUGAAGGCAGCAGCUCUGUCAUUUUGCAAGUAUUUUUCAUAUUUAAAUAUCUUUAUUAGUAGUUUUCUCAGUUUUUUUUUUCUCAACCAAUAGCUGCAAGACAUUUCUGAGGAUUGUUAUUGGCCACAUAGACCUAGGGUGGGUAUUUAUUCUUAUUAGAUCAGUUAAGCCAAUUUUUACUUUAAAUUUAAAAAAAAAAAGGUCUAAUGUUUUAUUUCACUUUGAUAGAUGUAGGCUUUUUUUGUGUCAGAAUAUAUGUGUAUCUCAUCUGCUGUCCAAACAGAAGGAGCUGUUGUGACUUUUUCUGCCUUCAUUCUUUUCCUCUAGGCAUUGUUCCUGCAUCUCUUUGCAGGCUUGCUUCUCACUUUCAGAGACUGACUGAUUGCUUAUACUGCUGGCAGUCAGUAAAUUGUUGAUGGGACAUUGUGUAUCCCCAUGUGCUUAAACAUCAAUCUUUUCUGAGUAGAACUUUGUCUUUUCAGCCUUGGGUGUGUGAUCAUUUGGUGGAAAGUAGGGAAAUUUUGGUUAGUCCUCACUUCCUGAUAUACCUUCAAAGGACUCUUUGAUGGUUAAGUCUCAGUUUAUGACUCAGGUUAGAAUAACAUUUAGGUGUGGGUAAGGUAGCCAGAUGUACUAGCUGACAGAGACAAGUGCCACUGGCAAUGGUAGAAUUGCUGGUACGCCGACAGUGCAGUCAAGCUAUAGAAAGCACUCAAAAAUCAACACAUACACCAACACAUUCAGCUUGACAGCUUCUUCUUGAAUUCACUAAGCUUUAGCAGUGGCGAUGGCAAGGACCAGGCUUUGCUUAGUCUUGUGUAUUGUGCUGUUUUUCAGUUUAAUGAGCUGCCACUGUGUUAAAGUUUCAUAUCUGCUUGGCAGAGGCAGCAGCCAAGACUGUGAGAGAGAAUUUUCUGGAAGCAAACCUCAAAGCUGUUAUUUAUAGCACAACUGACUCCUAAUAUGUGGUUGUUUGACAUUUCUUCCUCCCCAGUAUUCCCCCCCGCCAAACCAAAACACUGCUCUCCAGGGGCCAUCUCUUCUUUACAGGUUUUACCAACAUACAAUAUGUAUUCCACAAUUCACUGAGCAAGCCUAGUCUAAUAGCAAUAAAGUGCACUGUAUGUUUUCAUAGACCAUUUUGACCACCCGCUGUAAGCAAAGCCGACAUGCACUGUAUGCACAGGAUGCUUACAAACCGAGCACUCACUGAGACUGAAGGAUAGAAAACACAAGAAGAUUGUUAUUAGCACUUACCAACCGUGGAAUUUACAGGCUUGUUUUCCCCAAGCUGUUCAGGUUGAGAAAACACAAAUGCACUCCCACACACAUUUGUGGAGAUUAGUUGGGGUGUGUUGCAGUAUUAGCAGGUAUUGAGGAAUUAUUCCCCAGGUAAAGGCUGCCUAAAAUGUUCCAUGUAAUAAGGCUCUGGAGAGUCUCAUAGCUUCCAUAAUACGACAGGAAUGGGUGGUUUUCUGAAUGGCAGCGGUGGCAGAUUUACCACAAUCUGUGGUCAUGAGUCUUGACUCUGUUAUUCUCCCCCUGCCCCAAGAGAGGAAACUCCUCUUCCUACUCUUGUGUUUGUGGUGUUGUCUGUAGCCAUUCCAAACAUGAUUCUCCGUGUUUUGAUUGCUCUUCUUUUUUUUUUUUUUUAUAGUCCCGUGUCUCCCUUUCAUUGUAACGCAGAGAAUAACAUUAGCACAGUUAUCCUCCAUUUUUCCCAUUCUCUACCAGCCUUGCAUUAUUUUUUGCCCUCAACCUUAUUUUCGCUGUCUGGUUCUUUUGACACUAGUGAUCAAGGUGUACGAAUAUUUCAGCCCCCCCCCUCCAACUCCACCCCUGUCCUCCAGUCUCUCCUUGGUCUGCCAGCCUCAAUAGAGCUUCAUUCAGUUUUGUUUCCAACUCCUCUCCAGUGAGGAUUCUUUUGGUCUUUGCCCUUUUCCAGCAGUAUUUUUUCUUUCUCUGUGUGCCCUGUCUAGUUCUCUGGCGGCUGUCGUUCUUAAUUGGUAUUGCUCUGCGUCUGCUUUCAUCCUCCGCCUGCUCCCUUUCCUCCAUCCCUCCUCCCUCUUUUCUGCAUCCCUGGCGGAGGAAGACAGGCAUCAGACUGUCUGGUCCCGUGUGUGUGUCUGUGCUUUUAUGCAUGGUUGGUGUGUGUGUUGUGAGUUUCUAACCUCUUUCCUGUAUAAUAGCAUGUUUCUUGUCAUGUCUCCUCCUCUGUAACUUAUCCCCACAUAUAGAGAUAUUAAGCAGUUGUAUUUAGCAUAGUAAGAAAGGGGGAUCCUGCUUGGAUAUGAAAUCAUGAGUUUCCAGUGGUCAGUUUGGUCAGUAGUCAGUUAUAAUAGUUAUAAUACACAAUUGAGCUCUGCAGUUACAACAUGGAGACACAUAAAAAAAUUAUUUAUUUUUUUAUUUUUUGGGUUAAAUGCACCUUUGCAUUGAUUUUUGUCUUUUUAUCUGCAAAUCUCCAUAUGUCAUUUAACCAUACCUUUUAAGGGCAAGAAUAUGAGCUGAUUGCUGGUUAUUGGCUGUGGUGUUGCAAGUCACUUUAAUUUAAGAGAACCUUAAGUGACACAUGCUGGCUUUGUAGGUCAUUAAUGUCAAAAUGGGAAUUGUUUCCCUAAUUGCAGAGUCUUACUGCCAGAGGGGGUAAACCUGAUGCUGGGGAGUGUGGCAGAGAGCGAUACAGCCCAGAAUCACUGCUGAAGAAGUGCUGUACUGUCAGCAGUACUGAGAAAGGGGGAGAGAGGCAGCUGAGAGAAGCUAGCAACAGAAGAAAGAGAACCAUUUGAUGGAAGAAAAGAAAAAGAAAAAACAAGAAGAAAAGACCAAGAAGGAAAUUGCUCAGAAAAAGGCUGCUGAUCAGAAACCCAAAGUGCCAGAGCCUGCUCCCACUAAGCCCAGUCCCGGCCCAUCCCACCACCCCGCCAGCCCCACGCUGCCCCUCUCCUCCUCCUCCUCUUCUUCUGGCAAUGGCAAGCGCGCCUCCUGCAGUAGCCAGCUCCUGACUCAGACUCCCCCUCAGCAACAGUGCCAGUUGUCCUCUGCCAGUGCUCGCUACCCACCCAGAGAGGUGCCCCCGCGCUUCCGUCAGCAGGAGCACAAGCAGCUACUGAAGAGAGGCCAGCCACUGCCAGCAGGAGCCCUCAGCGCUCUCACUCUCUCCUCCUCCUCUUGCUCCUCUUCCUCCUCUUCACCCUCAGCAUCUUACUCUUCUUCUACGAGUACCAGCAGCACUACCACAAACUCUACCACGUCCACUGCGAGCAAACACCACCAAGACAUAUCCCUCCAGUGUGGCCCUGGUGCCCAGUAUGAGAUCUCUUAUUGGGGAGCCUCUGUACCAGUUGACAGCCCAUCAAGUGCCAACAGCUGGGACAAAGUGAUUAUUGACAAGAGUGAUACAGAAGCUUGGCCCUCCAUCAGCCGCAGUAGUGACCCCUGCAACCCUGUAACACCAGAAUGCCCCUCGGGCUCCACCAGCUCUAACCUAGACACCAGUGCUGUCACUACUACCAGUAGGAGUAGUUUUGUGAGUAUGGCCACAGGCGCAGCAGGCCAGCAGGCCCACUACCCCUCUCUCAAAGCUAACAAUAACAUGAUGACAGGACCUGGAUCAACCAACGCAUUAGUAGGUAAUAGAGGCUGGGUUUCAGAUGGUAAACAAGAUGGUAUGAAUAGUGGCAGAGUUGGAGCACCCAAUAACUGGGGCUCUUCCAAUUUUAACUUGAAUCUCAACCCAAAUGCCAACCCUUCAGCCUGGCCUGUUCUGGGCCAUGAGAGUGUUGGAGGUGGUACCAGUGGGGUGUCCAGCUCUUCAUCCCUUCCACCAGGCAUAAAUGGCAAUGGAAAUUUAGGAAAUGGGAACAUGGGAGGUGCUGAUAACGGUGGGGGAAGUUGGGUUGGCAUGAUGAGUGCUACAGAAAAUGAGCAACAGCACCCUUCAACCAACACAAACUUGUCCUUCAAUAUAGAGCCUGUUAACCUUAACACUGAUGGACCAAACCACACUAAACAACAACAAGCUCAGGAGCCUAUGAGCCCUAUCCAUGGUUUAACUGGUUGGGGAGGCCAGUCACCCACUGAGUCAUCCCAGCUCAAUGGGGAUACAACCGGCAGCUCUGUAUGGGGUAGUGGAGAAACCAAGGCAGCUGACUCCCCCAAGGACUCCAGCUGGGACUCAACAACAUCUGGAGGCCUCUCUGCUUGGGGUCGCCAAGGCAGUGGUGGUGGGAGUAGUGGAAGUGGUGGCUGGGGUGAUUGGGGAAAAUCCUCUGGCGGUGGAGAAGCAACUAAAGGUUGGGACAACAUAGAUGCUGGUAGUUCUGGCUCAGGCCAAGACCAGCAACUGAGCUCUUGGGGCCAGCAGCUUGGAACAGCCCCAGCAAGUGAGGACAGCGGAGACAGCAGUGAAGGUCGAUCCCAGCGUAGAGACAGAUCCUCCAGCAUGGAAUUUGCCCCUUUGCUACCACGGCAAGACCUUGACCCUAGAGUCCUGAGUAACACAGGUUGGGGACAGACCCCCGUCCGACAGAACACUGUAUGGGAGAUGGAAGAAGCAAACUCUGAUGAUGGAAAGAGCAGUAGCAGCUCAGACACCAUAGGAGCCUCCAGCUCCAAUGGCGGACCCUCAUCUACCAAUGGCACCAUAACUCCUACCAUUGCUCAGAGGCCUGGAUCUGGAGGGAAAAGUGACAGUGAAGGAUCUUCAUCUUCUGGGUGGGGAGCUCCAGCAUCUCAGCCAGUCCAGACAGGAUCAGGAUGGGGUGACCCCCCACAGUCACUCAGUAAAGCUCCAAAUGGCACUACUAGUGGCUGGGGAGAUCCUUUGCCUUCCAGUGGUCCCAAGAAUGGGGGUACCUCAUCCUGGGGAUCAGAGGACAAGUCAUCCAGCUGGGACAAUGGCCUAGUGAAAAACCAGCCUACUAGCUGGGGAGAAGGCCCCAAAAAUGCCCAUAAGUGGGGCAACAAUAAUGGUGGUUCUAAUGGCUCCACCACAGGGGAAUGGGGAGAGCCAGACAUCAAGAAUAAUGGUUCCUCUAGCAGCAUGUGGGAAGGAGAAGGAAGUAACGGAGGAAAUGGUGGAUGGAAGGAAAGUCCUCGAGGAGCAAAUGGAGGAGGCUGGGGCAAAACUCCUGCUGUGAGUAAUAGCAGCUGGGGGGAGACCUCACGGACCAAUGGACCAGUGCAGGGUGGCUGGGGCUCCUCCAAGCCACAAGAAAGCAGCAGCAGCAGCACUGGUAGUGGAGGAGGUGGAAGUAUUGGUUCUUGGGGAGGUCCCAGUUCUGUGAAGCAGAACAACUCUAGCUGGGGUAAUGUCAGCAAACAGGACCAAGGUAUGGAGCCUACUGGCUGGGAAGAGCCCUCUCCUCCCUCCAUUCGUAGGAAGAUGGAGAUUGACGAUGGAACAUCUACCUGGGGGGAUCCCAGUGCCUACAACAAGACAGUCAACAUGUGGGAUCGUAACAAUCCCACUAGUAACCCAGGCAACAGCGGCCCCCCUCCAAGUAAGAAUGGUGGAAUGAUUAUUCCCAACAAUAACAACAACAAUCACUCCGUUGGACCUGGCAACAACAAUCACCAUCACUCUCACCCUCACCAUAUGCACCACCAUACUCAUCAUGGCCAGCCCCCAACUCACCUGCAACACCAUGGAAACAACAAUGGGUCGCCCAACAAUGCAGCAUCACAUCCAAGUGUGGGGCCCCAAGGCAGACCCACCCACUCCAACCCAGGCUGGGGGGAGAUUCCAAGUGUUCAGCCCAAGUCAGAACCUGCUUGGGGAGAGCCAGCAGCUCCAACAUCAGCUGUGGACAAUGGUACCUCAGCCUGGGGCAAGCCCCCAGGUGGGGUAGGAGGAUGGGGAGACGGUGGCCAUGAGUCCUCUGGCCCCUAUGGCAGGGGAAGUGGACCCCCAGGUUCUGCACCUUGCAAGCCAGGCCCCAAACCUAUGCAAGAUGGCUGGGGAAAUGGAGGGGAAGAGAUGGGCAUGUCUACCAGCCAAUGGGACACUGAGGAUGGGGAUGUAUGGAACAGCCCAACCCCCCAGGAGAGCAGCUCUUCUUGUAACUCCUGGAGCAAUGGACCCAAGAAGUGCCCAAACAAGGGGAAGAUGGGCAACAAGCCAGAUGAGGCCUGGAUUAUGAACCGUCUCAUCAAGCAACUCACUGACAUGGGCUUUCCGAGAGACCCUGCUGAGGAGGCAUUGAAGAGCAACAAUAUGAACCUUGACCAGGCUAUGACUGCUCUUUUAGAGAAGAAAACAGACCUGGACAAGCGAGGCAUGGGCAUGUCUGAUUACAGCAAUGGCAUGAACAAGCCUUUGGUGUGUCGGCCUUCCGCACUCUCCAAAGACCCCUCCGAACGCAACGCCUUCCUCGACAAGGAUGGCGUCCUGUCAGACGACACCCCCCCAUCACCGUUUUUGCCUUCCCCCAGCCUGAAGCUCCCCCUGGCCAAUAGUAGCCUUCCUGGGCAGGGUCUGGGACAGGGCAACCCGGGGCUGGCCAUGCAAAACUUGAACAGACAGAUACCCAGUGGAAUGUUUGGCAGUAGUGGAGCAGCACAAACCCGGGCCAUGCAGCAGCAGCCUCCUCAGCCACCAGUGCCACCUCUCAGCUCCUCCCAGCCUAGUCUACGUGCUCAAGUGCCUCCGUUUCUCUCCCCUCAGGUCCAAGCACAGCUCUUGCAGUUUGCAGCAAAAAACAUUGGUCUGAACCCUGCACUUUUAACUUCACCAAUAAACCCUCAACAAAUGACCCUGUUGUACCAACUUCAGCAACUGCAAAUGGCGUACCAGCGUUUACAAAUCCAGCACCAGAUGAUGCAGGCGCAGCGCAAUGUUUCCGGCCCUAUUAGACAACAAGAGCAGCAAGUUGCACGUACAAUCACCAACAUGCAGCAGCAGAUCCAGCAGCACCAGCGUCAGCUGUACCAAGCGCUGCUGAUGAAGCAGCAACAACUUCCCUCUCAUUCCUCUUCUUCUUCCUCCUCCACUGGUCUGCAUCCCCCCGGUGGCCCCGCCGGAGGCCCCGGCUCUGGCAAAUCAACCCUGGACCCCUUCACAGGCACUCACCAGGCUCCGAGCCUUGCCGAUACACUGCACACCAAAGAGCCGCCGUCGUCGCCCAGCGCCUACAGCACCUACCCUCUCUCUGGACUGAAUCCAAACAUGAAUGUAAACUGCAUGGAGGUUGGGGGUCUGUCCCUUAAGGAGCCCCCUCAGCCCCAAUCCCGCCUGUCCCAGUGGACACACUCCAACUCCAUGGACAACCUCUCUGGCAACUCUUCAAAUCUGGAGAACAACCUCAAUAAGCACGGUGCCAUAUCUGCUGCCUCUACCCUGGUCCCUCCUGGGAAGCCUCCUCAGCUGGAGGACUCAUACAGCCCUUACAAUCUAAUCUCCAGCUCUGAGUCUCCCACCAGCCCCCUCGUGCCCCCUGACUGGGGCCAGGGCAAGAGUCCCAGUGAAAAGAUCUCCAAUGGGACCAACAUUAACUGGCCCCCAGAGUUCUGCCCAGGGGUGCCAUGGAAAGGCCUUCAGAACAUCGACCCCGAGAAUGACCCCAAUAUGACCCCUGGCAGCGUCCCCAGCGGUCCCACCAUCAACACCAACAUCCACGACGUCAACCGUUACCUGCUGCGAGACAGGAAUGGAGGUAAACUGUCUGACAUGAAAUCCACUUGGUCCCCAGGGCCCAUCUCUCAGAGCCAAGCUUCUCUGUCCCACGAGCUUUGGAAAGUCCCACAGGGGCCACGCAGCACCACAGCCCCAUCACGGCCUCCGCCAGGCCUCACUAACACCAAGCCCUCCUCUACCUGGGGAGGCAAUUCGCUGGGUCUGUCUCAAGGCUGGAGUGGCUCAUACUCCUCUGAGGGAACCACAUGGAGUACAGACAGCUCCAACAGAACCAGCAGCUGGCUGGUGCUGAGGAAUCUCACCCCACAAAUUGAUGGUUCAACUCUGCGGACCCUGUGUAUGCAGCACGGCCCCUUGAUCACAUUCCAUCUCAACCUGACCCAGGGGAAUGCUGUGGUGCGCUACAGCUCCAAGGACGAGGCUGCCAAGGCCCAGAAGUCCCUGCACAUGUGCGUGCUCGGAAAUACCACAAUCCUGGCGGAGUUUGCUGGCGAGGAGGAAGUGAACCGCUUUUUUGCACAAGGCCAGUCGCUGGGGGCAAACACCACGAGCUGGCAGGCCAACCCGGGAACCAAUCAAAACCGAAUGGGCGGGGCAGCGCAGUCCCACUCAAUUGGCCAGUGGAGCAGCAGCACCGGCGGAGGCAAGGCCAGCGGAGGCGACCUGCUGUGGGGCGGUGUGCCUCAGUACUCCAGCCUGUGGGGUCCGCCCAGUGGAGAGGACGCACGCGUGAUUGGGAGCCCCACCCCUAUUAACACCCUGCUGCCUGGCGAUCUGCUGAGUGGGGAGUCCAUGUAGGAUGAUGCCACAACACACUAACCAACCAACCAACUAACUCACCGCCACCAUGUCAUGUAAGCCAUUGGUGGAGGGUGGGGUGGAUUAAGAAAAAAAAAAAAAAAAUCAAUGUGAACAGGAGCAAAACCCAAGCAAAUCAUGUGGUGAUAAUCAGUAUCAAUUUGAACUGUUUGAACUGUGAAUUGUAAAUCAGAAGGUUGGGGUCAUUACCACAGACUGCAGACCCCAGUCCUUUUGUUUUACUUUGGUCCCUUUCUCAUUUGGUUUGCCGUUUUUUGUUUUGUUUUUGAGGGAAAACAGCCCUUUUUGUCCUCUUGGUAUUUUUUAAAAUGCAUUAUAUUAAAAAAAAAAAACUGAAGUGAGACACAACACAAAGAAACCUUUUAACUGUUUUAUUAGUUUUUCCAUAAGUAUUCAUGGCAUUCUGUGGGAGGAUUUCUUUUUAGGAGAAGCAAUCAAAGCUGCCAUCUGAGACUUUCCUUUUCCCUCCUAAAAACAAAUAAAAAAAAUCAUCCCAAAAUAAGACUUACAACAACCAUUCCCAGCAUAUCCAUGGCCAAUGAUGUUGUUCAAAGACCUUUACUAGUUAUGUUAAUGUUUGUUUCUCAGCACUAAUAUUAGCCUUAAGUGCUCUCUGGCCCAGGUCCUUCCCAAGCCGUCUUUGUUUUGUGUUCUUUUUUUUGUUUUGUAACUGAAGAAAAAGCUGAAAUCUUGCACAGUUUCACCUCUGAGCCAGCGAGCGGUACAGGACACAACUGGUGACUGACUUUGUCGCCGGGCAGUAAGAAGGCCUGGCCACGCCACGUGACUGGCACUACCAAUCAUCUACGUAUUAUUUUAAUUUGUCUUAAAGGGAUUGACAUGGUUGUUUUUUUGUUGUUUUUGUUUUGUUUCUUUGGUAGGCCUAAAUCCAAGCAAAAGUUUUGACACCCAUCACAACGAAUAAGCUGAGAGAAGAUUAUUUGUCAGCCUUGCUGCGUUUGUCCAUUUCCUUAUGAAUAUGUAUGUCCGGUGGCACCUAAUCAUUGACCUCUGUGAGCCCGGAUCCUUCUGGUCACCUUUAAAAUCGGAACCCAGUUGCUUUCUGGUGCUUUGUCGAAUUUUCUAAUGACAGAUUUGUUAUGAAGCCCAGCGGCCUUUAUGGUCGGCCAAUUUUCGGAGGAAAAAAACCUCAAUUCUACUUUCAAGUGACAGUUACAUUGUGCAAUAUACACCAUAGACCUUUCUUCCGUCCACAGUCGAUGUCCACCGGAGCUGGUUUGUCUAAUAUUUUUGUUUUCUUGUUUGUCUUUUAUGUUUUGAAUGUUGCUGAUUUCAGCAAAAAGACUUUGGAACUUCAAAAAAAAAACAAAAAAAACCCACCUUACCCCCAUUUUUCAAAACUUGGAUUCCCUCCAGACCACCAGUCCCCUUGAAACUGUUGGGAAAAUUCUGCAAAGAGGAAGAAGCAGCUGUUGAACUGUGUAUGCAGCAAAUUGUACUAAAAAGUGACACUGGGGUACACAACAAUGCACACUUCCUCUCUGCGUGCCACAGCCACACCCAACAGAGACUGAAACCACAGCGGGAUUGGAUGGUUCUGGGCAUCUGGCACAAUACCAAAUAAGAGGGGUUUCUCCUAAUGCAGUAGACCUACGAGUGUUCCUUGCGUUUGGUACUGUACAAACAGAAGAGACUAAGAUUUUUUUUGAGUUCUAAGGGUUUUAUCAUAGCACUUAUGAAGAGCAAGUCGCUUCAACUGCAAUCCAAUAAAUCAAAAAGGAGCAGCAAAAACGAUGAAAACAACACAAAAAAAGUACUGCUCUUUUAUGUACUGUAUCUAUUCCAUGGAAACGUGUCUGGCGUUGUUCCUCUGGUAGCAGGCUGAAGGGAAACAAAACUGAACUGUACCAUUGGACUUUUGGGGGGAAAAAACUUCACUCUUGGUUUUUUUCCCCUUCUUUGAACUAUAUCAACGUGAUUAUCACUGUUACUCCAAAAAUUGUUAUCCUUGCUCUCUUUGGAGGCUCUAGACUUUGCAGUGUCAGUGGUCUCUGACACCCGCUGGACAGCCAAUCCGGUCAGUCGGUGGUUGAGUCAGAGUGGGGUGAGGUGGGGGAGUGUCCACUGAGUGCCUCUUUGCUGUGGUCCUCUGGAUGUCGAGCGGCAGCCCCACAGCGCAGCACUUCCUCCUGGGCUCCACUUGACCGUCUCUCAGUCUGGCGUGAAAAACAGAUCCUCCGGGACUGGCCAAUCACGGCUCUCUGCCGCACAUACGGCAUCUCCAACAGGGGCCCACUACCACUCGACCCUGCUGUCAUCCUGCCCUCUCCCCCACCUCCCAUCUCUCAGUUCUUUGACACAAAGAUCACUUUAGCUGGAAGAUGUAAUAGUCAUAUUUCUGGAAUUUUUGCCAGUGUACUUUGUAUUUUUUGGAAAAGAUCAUUUGACUUUUUUUUUUUUUUCCAGUGUGUUAUAUUGUUAUUUUUAUCUACAUGCAGUGGUCUACAAAGUACUGGCUGCUGAACUAGCCCUUCACUGUUCAUAUGCAGAAACACUUUGGUCAGAGGUGCCUCUGUAUGUUCAUCCUGUGUAUUGAAUGCAAAAUGAGGAUCAAUACUACAGACCGUUAAUGAUUGUCUAUUUGUUUUUAACUGAUCAUGCUUUCUUCGUUUGACAGUAUUCUGUAGUACUUCCAGGUAGUAUCUUGAGAUGUGUAAGAAAAAAAAAAGGUGUCUCAGACGGGGAUGUGGGUGUUUGCCGCUCCAAGCUGCUCCACCUGCCCGCAGGCUGUCCCCCCUUGCCCUUUGCCUAGCUGCUAUGCUAUGACCUCCUCUCCUCCUCCACCACAAGAAGACCCAGUAGCCCUCCCCUGACCAGGCACCUACAGGCCCUCAUAUCUGUUUCUAUGCAAAAAGACGAGAGGCUGGGGCCCUUUACAGCACGCCAAAGCUGUCUUGGGAAUGAGCACUCCUCCCAGAGCUUGGCAUAUCCUAACAAUUGUCCCCCACGCGCUCCUGUCAGCACUUCAAACUGGCCGCAGUUUCUGUAAAGUCAGGCUCAGCCACCAGAACACUGUCAUGUAUCUAAAAGUUAGAACACUUUAUCAAAAGGUCGGCCUUUCUCUCUGAGCUGAAGACUCUUCUGUCCAGCUUGAUCUCAGGGUAGGGGAGUUGAUGAUACAAAGUAUGAGAUGCAGCUCUCCGUAUCUGUCCUUUCUACUGUGAGAGCAAAGUCUAAAACUUCGAAGGCCAUCUGCACGCAGCAGGACGUACAGACCUCAUGCCUCGAAACUGAAUCCUUAUUGUAGGGGGGAAGAGGCUCGCAUUGAAUCCUCUUCCCAAAAAGAUGGCCUCUUGUUAUUGUUUGGGGAGACAUUAUUGCAUGUAAAAAGAUGCCAAUGUAUUGUGCCAAUAUAAAUUUGCUGUGUCAUACUGUAUAUUUAUAGAGAGCACUUCUGUUCCCUGUUUGGAGGAGCUUUGAUGACCUUUGCAGAGGGUGUAGGGGGGGACAGGAGGGAUCAAACAAAAGGGCGGCAGCAUCACACCCUGAAGCGACUGAGAUUUUUUUUUAUGCUUUUGUGGGGAAUGCCCCAAGCUAAGGAGAAAAUCUUUACUCAGUUGGGGGUUCCGGUUUGCUACAGUGCACAGUUGAUGAUGGGUAAUCCCGGGUACAUAUUUUUUUAAAACCAAAAAUGAAAUUGCAUUUUAACGUCAUUUUUAUGAAGUUUGACAUAAAAAUCUUAAAAAUGCUAAAAAAUCUAAAUGGAGAAAAAAAAAAGAUCUAUAAUAUGUUAAAAGCUCUGCACUUCUAGCUGAAACGUCUCUGGUCAUCAGCCUCUGCUACCAACAUCUAAAGGAGCAGAGCGGUGGCUGGGGUGCCUUUUUUUUGUGGAUGCUGUAUUUAUCUUGUUUUACGUUUGUGCCCUGCUCAAAGCAGGCCCACUGAACUGUACAUUUCCACAGACCCAGGUGGCUUGGGCCCACUGUAUCAGCCUCACUCUCUGAUUCUGCAUCAGCAGGAGCAGAGAGGCACAUUUCAAGAGGUACAAAGUCUUAAAAAUGAAACAAAAAAACAAAAAAAAAAGCUUAAAAAAUAUAUAUUAAAAAAAAAAUAAAAAUAAGAAAACGGGAAAAGGCUACCUUUCAGGACUUUCAGUCCUGCAGCACACAAGCAAAAAUCACUAUUGCCUGUUUCUGUAACUGCCUUGAUCCAAGCUCAGACAGACCCAAUAGCCGAGGACCUCCCAGCAUCCUGUACUAACUGGAGAACCCUGACAGUGAAGGGGGUUUCCCAUGCUGCACCAGCAUCGAGAGGCUCUCCUCUCUACAGCUCUGUUCUAGAUAGCAGUAUAUGUAUACACUACAUAUAAAUAUAUAUAUCUAUAUAUAUAUACUGUGAGUACGGUGUGUGGUAUCACCUCUUCAGACUUCUUGGAUCGUAACCUCUGAAACUUUCAUUUUAGUUUGAAAGGUCUUGGUUUAACACAGCUGAAAAUGAGCAAUAUGUAUUUUCCCCGCAAAUAAGUGAGACAAAGGAAAGAAUUUGGGUCGGGUAUAAACUGAUACUUGACUGAUCGAAAGCAAAGUCUUUCUUGUACGGAGUCAGAUAUGCACGUUCUGGUUUUGAUGACAUAUUACAGUACUAUGAAGUGUUUGUACUGUAUAUGUGUGUUAUUUGUUUGUUAAUUAGGCUGCCUAAAAGCCCAACCUGAAUCACCUGGUUUAAUGCAUAUUUUACCCAGUUGAUUUAAAAAAAAAAAAAAAAAGAAAUCACAAACAUAUCAAAACAAAACAAAACAUUGAACAGAAAUACUUGAAUCAUUGAACGCCAACAACAUAAUGUGAAGUCAGUAAUUAUUAUUUUUUUGUUCUUUCCAUCUGACAGGUACACUUAGGGGCUUUUAGAGAACAUCAGAUGUGUAUUGCAUUAAGUUACAAAUACAAAAUCUUUGAAAAAAACAAAGUCAUCUUAGAUGUGUGCUUGAAAGUCAGAUGUUUGUAUGAAUGUGUGCUCAAGAAACUGUGUACAGGGCACGUGGCCUGCUGUUAUGUUCCACUCAGUACGUUAUAUUUUGUGUCUGUUUAUAUCUUCUUUUUUUCGUUGUUGUUAUUGUUGAUGAUCUGUCAAAAACUAUUCUGAUAGACGUUGUUAUCUUCUAACGUUGCACUGAGUGUCUUCUACCCCUCACUCAGCUAAUCGUAGUUAAACGAGUCUAAGUACGGAGGGGCGAUGGUGACAAUUCAUGUGUACAUGUUUACUCAAGGACUUUGUUUUUCCAUUCUGUAAAAAGUUUAUCUACCUUAUAGUGGCUUUUAUUGUGGAAUAAUCCAAUACAAGGAUUAUCUUGAGUAUUGCACCAUUUUGUUCCAAUUAUAUAAAAAAGAAAAUAGGAAAAAAAAAAAAAUUAAAAAAGAAAAAUGUGCAAAAAAAAAAUGAUAAAAGGAAAAAAAAAAAGAGUAACGAAAAAAAACAAAACAAAGAACUGUGGCCAUAGAUAGCUGUAGAAGGACUAGUAAUCCCGAUUUUAACUUCAUGGAGAGACGGAAAGGGAUAAAGUGUGGGAGGUGAGUUUGUUAUAAGACUCAUUUCAGAGGUGCCUAUCUUUUCUUUUUUUAUUUUGCAAAAGCCACCUGUCGUUUACAAAGCAUUUCAUUUAUCUGAGUUCAAGGAAACAGGAAUGUUUUUUGGUUUCGUUUUUUGUUUUUAAGGACAAAUUUCAUCUUCCAUCAAAUAUGGACAUGAAAAUCUUGCAAAAUGAAGAUUUAUGCUACUUUCAGAACUCUGGGAUUGAUCAGUGUUGUCAUAUUUCAAUUUUUAAUUUCUCUUUUAGUAUCGAUGGACUGUCUCUGUAUGUGUUACAUGGUGAUUUUAUGUUUUCUGUAAUACUGCAACGCAGUUUACUCACUAUCUUGCACACUCAUAAAAAAAAAAUAAAAAAAAGAUGUGGAUUUUGUCUCAGGAAGGCCAGGGUUCCAGAUACCAACUCCAUCAUUUCUAGGUUUGAUGUUCGUGUGAAAAUAAGCAACUGAGAACUAUUAAACUCCAAGAAAGCACUGAAGUUUAUGAGUUUAACAGAAUAUAGAGAGUACCAUUGUUUCUUUAAAACAACAAAAAAUGUUCGUAGCAAGUUACAUAUUUACCAAAUAAGACUAAGAAUCAACUUUGAGAAAAGUGGAGCGCUUUACAUGUGAAAUUUGAAGUAGAAAUUGCUUUACAUUUAAACACGAUCAGUGGUUUGAUUGUCAUGACAGUGACAGGAAAAUGCAUUUGUAUGUUUUGACUUUGAGUUUCCAUCCUGUAGUUCAGGAGCACGUGCAAGACACUCUUUGUUUGUUUGUUUUAAAAUCAUCUCUCCUGCCUGUUAACAUGUCAGUUCCUGUGACAGGUAUUCAAUAGCUGAGAGAUUUCUUAACAUGUAACAGAUGGUUUUCAGAGGCAUGUUGAAGAGGAAGAAUAAAGCUGGUUUUUAAAUGGAUCAUGAUCUAUGCACAAGUGGGAGGGAGGAGUCCAAACCCUGCUGCUGUACUGCGGGCGUUUGUCGACUCAGACUCUGGGGUUCAGGGUUUGAUGGAGGGUUUUCAUUUUUUUGUGUGUGUUUUUUGCUGAAAUUUCUUCCACUCCCAUCCCACCCAUUGUCAUCUAAUGUUUUAGCAAAAUUUUACAUUGCGUCGUCAUGCUGUGUAAUCCUUAACCAAUGAGCGCUUAUCCUUCUGCUAAAGCACUGUGGGUUGUACUGAGGAAAAAACAAAAAGAAGCCCGUUACUUUUAAGGCUGUCUGUUUUUUUUAAGGGGAGGACGGCGGGUGGGUUGUGGGAGUGGGGGUACUUUGCCUUUGCCUUUCUCUUUACUUUGAAGAAAAAAAAAAAAGUAAAAUUGUCUGUAACUGAAAUACAAAGUUGUGGCUUUUAAUGUUGUUCUUUUUUUCUCCUCAUAGAAUGUGAUUGUUAAAGACAUGCACCGAAAAAAAAAAUGUUUCCAUGGAUUAUGGAACUUCUUUCGGACUAUAUUAAUAAACUGCAAAUUUUCUUCUCUGUUA